AUCAACCACUAAACUAGCCUGAGGGUAAGGCAUAUGAUUGGGAAGAGUUUGCUCUGACUCUGCAGCUUCCCCAAAGCGACCUGAGCAGCAACUUAUCUUUCUGCUUCAGCAAUGGCAGAAGCUGUUAUAAGACACUGGGUGGAAACUCCCGUACGCUAUCAAGAGCAGUUUGCUGUCCAAGAGCUGGAAGCACACAAACUGGAUCACUCUUUAUACGCUUUGCCGGGCCCUUCUAUGGCUGCACUAAGCAACAGAAGGUGUAUCACAGAAAGUACGUCUGGGGCCGGGAAGAGUGGCCAGGAGGAGGAAAACACGCACUUUCAGGUCUUGCUGGACGUCGUGCAGUUCCGCCCCGAAGAUAUCAUUAUUCAGACAUUUGAAGGCUGGCUCCUGAUCAAAGCUCAGCAUGGACCCAGGAUGGAUGAACACGGUUUCGUAUCCAGAAGCUUUACCAGGCAGUACAAAUUACCUCAUGGAGUGGAGAACAAAGACUUGUCUGCGCUUUUCUGCCAUGAUGGCAUUUUGGUUGUUGAAAUGAAGAAAGCACCGGGAAAGAACUAGAACCUUGUCCGUAGUUUAUUGGUGAGAUAAAAUCAUUCUCAAUAUAACAAUACUAUUCAAGCAAUGCUGUGGAGUGUAGUAAGCAUGUGGCUGUAUUUAUAUAAUAGUAAAGGAAAAUCUUUGUAUAUAUUUUUCAGUAUGCUGAGUUUAUUGUUUAUUGUGAAAUGUUAGACUGCUUGCCUCCAGCUACAUAUGUGUUGGAAAGCCAGGAUUUUUGAACAGCAGAAAGUUUAGGCUAGUCACAGCAAGAGCAAAAAAAAAUCCAUUUGAUAACAUAUCAAAAAUAAAGCACAUUUAUGAGUUCAGUAGGAGGUCUUGUAUUUCUAAGGAAUAACCAUUUGUCAUACAUAGUCAUAAUCAUUAAAGAAGCAUUUUUCAUACAUAGUCAUAAUUAUUAAAAAAGCAAUAGAUAGAUUGUGAGUCUUACAGAAAUUUAAUUUACGUGCCAAAAAAUCUGUUUGCUAAUUUUUGAGAUUAAAUUCUUCUUCCUUAGGCUUUGGAAAAGCACACAAACUGAAGGAUACUAUGAAGGAAAAAAAACCCUAUUUCCACAGUCCAAGCUUGUAUACAAAAGAAACCCCAAACUUGAGACCUUACUUUUUAGAAGUGUGUUGCAUGUUUGAAUCUGUAAGAAAAAAUAAUAAUCGCUGACUAUAUUUGCUUGAAAGUACAGUAAGAAGAAAUAAUACUUUCUGUCAAAGACAAAUCAAUUUGAAAGAAAACUUUCAAAGACAUUUAGAAAAUUGGUUUUAACAUAUUUUGUUAUCUACUAGCAACUGAAGAAAAAAUAUAUUGCUCACAAAUAGUCAAAAGGAUCAAAUUCUUCCUUGUGAAGCCCCAGUAAUAAAAAGGCAUUGCUCUAGCACAGAUGCCUUCAUUCUUACACGUUUUAGGUAGUCUUCCUGUUCAAUCAGAUGAAUAUUUUAUUCUUUAUGUUGCUUGACAGUUUAGGCUGAGAUCCCACAACUGUGUCUUCAAGAGCAAAUUCUUCUGCCUAUGUAUAGACCCACUCUCCCUGUAUGAACAUGGACUCUACAUGAAGCUAAUUUUAAGUACAGGGGUACCUUACUACAGACACAGGUUUAAUUUCUGUCCCACUGUCUCUCAUUUCAUGAGAGUUGUAGAGACAAAAAAAAAAUCCACCCACUAUAUCUAGUAUCUGGUCUUCUCAACAUAAAAAAACCCCAAUGCUGUAAGUGAGUUUGUAAAUACUCAAACAUUUGAGGCGAUCUACAGCUGCAAGUCGAACUGCCUCCUUUUAUGUGUACUGAAGAUGAGUAUGACUGCUGUGCUAUGAAUAGUAAAGGAAUGUGGAAUGGAAAGUGCCAAGUUAAAUACAGACUCUUUAUGAUACUCAUCUGCUGUUUGGACAAAUCAAAAACAUAUUCAAAUGAAACUGAAUACAAAUACAAUUUUAAGAAUAUGAGAAAAAUCUGAUGAACAAAACCCAGGCUCUCGCUAGCUGAAGCCAGAGAGUUCCUUUAGUUUAAAAUGAAAGCCCCAAGCUUUUGUGUCUGCACAUGUCCAUUCAUUAGAAAGGUUUAUGUCAUGGUUGUUUAGACUUGAAGAUAUUUGAAGCAACUGAUUUUACAAAAGUGGGUAGUUCAAGUCUUACAUUUUAUUUAUUAUUUGUACUAAAACACAAGGAAUUUGUACAAGAAAUGCAGAAUAAAGUUUGGAUUGUGAAUUUC